AUGGACCAGCAACAAUCGCCAAAUACACCAGAAAAACCAAUGCGUCGUCAUACAAUCGAUGUCCACACAUUAUCAAUGCCGCCUCGCUACGAUUUUGUUUUACCAUCAUACAGUAGAGAUCGACGUGUAUCAUCAAUAAUAACAACUAUACCAUCGUCAACUGUCAUAAACGAAAAUUCCACAAAUGUUAACAUCCCAAUUCCUGAGCAAAAUUCACCAUCAUUUGAAAGAGCGGAUAAUAAAAAAGAUCAUUAUUCAAAUAUACAAGAGCGACAUGAGUCUGGUACAUCGCAUGAUGAACGUGUAGAACGACAUAAGCGAUGGACACUUAUACUUAUUAAAACAACUCUUAUUUCCAACGUGAUUCUUGUGUUCGGAAAAAUAUUUUCUGCUAUUAUUUCUAAAUCACUGUCAAUUGCGUCAUCAGCCAUUGAUAGUACAAUCGAUUUAAUGUUAAAUUUUGCUAUUUGGUGGGCGGCUAGAGCUAUAAGAAAACGGAAUCCAUACCUUUAUCCGCAAGGACGAACUCGACUUGAGCCUAUUAUUAUUAUUAUACUUAGUGUUGUCAUGUGUGCUGCUAGUUUUCAAGUUAUUUUAGAGGGAGUUCGUUCAGUUAUUGAAGAUGUUAACUAUUUUCGUAAUGUUAGUGGUUAUGCAUAUGAAAAACCACCAGUUGACAUCAAUCCUGCAGCAAUAUCAAUUAUGUGUAUAACUGUUGUCAUUAAAAUUGUACUGUCUGUAUUAUGUUAUCGAGUUUCGACACCAACAAUGUCAGCACUUGCUGCUGAUCAUCGAAACGAUGUUGUUGCAACCGUAGUAGCAUUAGUGUUUGGAAUUAUUGGUGGUUUUCGAAAGAUAGGCUCCAAAGCAAUAGACGGUGAAAUUAAACCAAGAGAAUUAUCAGUCAUUGAUCCGGUUGGUGCUAUAGUAAUUAGUUUAUAUAUUAUUAUUUGUUGGAUUCCUCAAGUUCGUCUUCAUAUUCGAAAUCUAACUGGUUAUACAGCUCCGUCUCAAUUUCUUCAACAAUUAACUUGGAUAGCAUUUCAUCAUUCACCACUUGUACGCAAAAUAGAUACAGUACGAGCAUAUCAUUUUGGUACACAUUUUCUUGUCGAAAUAGAUGUUCUUCUUCCUGAUGAUUUACGUCUCCGUGAAGCAGUUCAUGUUGGUAUUGGUCUCGAACAAAAAAUAGAAGCAUUACCAGAUGUUGAACGUGCUUUUGUUCAUUUAAAUUGUGAAACUACGAGUGCUAAUCAUUGUAAUAGUACUGAUGAUCAAGAUCAUCAGUUAGUUGCUGCUGUCAAUCGACGGCAUCACAAGAUUGUUUGA